CGGCAGUCAGUAUCGCUUCACGGAUCGACCGCGGCGCACGUGUCUCGCCCCACACCAACACACGCAUUACAUUUGUAAAAGGGAAAAACGCGCGCGAAAAACUUCACUUAUUACCACACGUCCCAGUGUCUCAUCAAGGACAAGGAAAAUUCGCGAUCUAAACUUCCCCUAUUAUAGCUAACAAUGGGCGGCUGGUUGAGCUAUAUUUGGUGGGGCGGAGACCCAGACGAAGUGAACCCGAUUUCCGGUCUAUCGCGGCGAGAUAUCUACGCCGUACAGAAGUCCUGGGCCCCGGUCUACGCUAAUUUAGUUGUUACAGGAACCGAACUGCUAAAAAGGUUCUUCCGAGCGUAUCCAGAUUCAAAAGAAUUCUUCAGAAUGGUGAGGAAACUGCCUGAAGAAGAAUACAUUAACAACACCCAGUUCAAGGCGCAUGUUAUUAACCUGAUGAGUUCACUCAAUCUAGCCAUCAUCAAUCUGAACCAGCCUGAGAUUGUAGCCGUAAUGAUGAACAAAAUAGGUGACUCACAUAGGAAGAGGCAGAUUAAAGAGAAACACUUUCAUGAUUUAAAAGAGGUCAUAGUGAAAAUGUUCAUCGAAGUGCUACACCUUGACGCAGCGACGCUCGGCUCUUGGAGUAAGACAGUCGACUUUUGGUACAAGCACUUGUUCGAGACCCUGAACGCCGCCGAGACCAGAUAACAGAUUGUCAACCAUUCACAAAAGUAGUUUAGUGUAAUCGCUUGAAAGGCGAGCCAGUAUAAUCUACGUUCCAUUCAAAUCUUUAUUAGGACCAGUUGGAUAUCUUCACGAACACUUCAAUAGCUGAGCUCUAUUGUAUUGUAUUUUGAUGCGUGAAUGGUUCGGAAGAAUAGUGUGAUUUUAAACGUGUUUUGUUGUAUGCAAGCGAGUGGCAUUUAACGUAACAACUGUAAAGGUUUUUUAGUAGAUAAUUCGUAAUAGCUUUUAAAAAGAAACCCCACGGUUUUUUUAGUAUUAGCUUUUGUUAGCAGCUCUACUCGUGUGGAUAUAAUACUUUACUGAAAAAGUGAAAAAGCUUUAUUAAUCCAUAAUUUAAUACAAACAUUAUUACAAAUUGACCUCGGUGGUGUAGUUGUGUUACGGUACGACUGCGAUGCUGAGUCUCGGGUUCGAUCCCCAGGUCGGACAAGUGAUAUUGGAUUUUUGUACUCAGUAUCAGGUCGGAGUCUAGAAUAUGUGCCCGUAAUGGCGAUAGGCUCGCCCCCUAUCAUGGGGCCGAAUACGCCCGGCGGAAAGUGAGUGCAUCAGUUGCACCUCUGCCUACUCCUUCGGGGAUUAAAGGCGUGAGUCUCUGUAUGUUUUACGUUAUUAGUAAAAUUAUAGCGCAAUGAUAGAUUUUUUUGCUGGCUUAUUUGAAGUUAUGUUCACCACUCACUUUUCCUAAAGGAUCUUGGAUGCGAAGUUGGCCUUAACAAAUUAAUAGUGAUUGGCAAAGGGAGGAUUCGUUUAGGCCCAAAAAAUAUUCAUCUAUACAUAUAUUAUCAUAUGAAAAGUUAACGUUGUAUCAUAUAUCGAUGGUCGUACCAUUGUCUAAGCAGAUUGCGCGCACAGAGUGUGGGUUUUAUCAUAAUUAAACUUUAUAUAGAGAAGUGAAAAAAAAUAAAAAUAUAUUAAAUUUGAUGGUCGACUUGUUUACAGGAAUGAAAUAUAUAUUUAGGACUUUCCUAGUACACGCUACUAACGUCUGCUAUAGUUUUACAAUGUAUUACUUACAUGUUUCUUCUGACCUUGAAUGUCAUUUAACAUGAAAAGAUAAAACGCUAAAUAACCAUCGCAACAGUGACGAAGGGCCUAUAUAACCUUCCCUUGUUAAAUAAAAUGCAUUUAUGCAUAUUCUUAGUACUUAUAAGUUGACUCAGGUUCUUUUUCGGAAAAUUUCACCAUUCACCACUGUUCACAAAUAUAAACAGCAUUCAGUAAGGCGUAUGAUUUUUAUUAAUAACGUAAUUUCUUCAUUAGAAAUCAAAUAAACUUCAAAAUGCCUGGCUAUUUAUGUUUGUAAUAUUUAGAAUUCAUCUCCAAUUCAUGACCUACAUUAGAGUUCAGUACUGCACAAUUGUGACCAAUUUUCACUAUACAUAAGCGUUUACCAAAAAUUUUAUAGGGUUCGAAGAUUACCUUUAUGCAUUGACUUAGUGUAUUUAUCACAUGAUGUAAAAUGGGAUGAAUAAGAGUAAAUAGAAUGAAGUUUAUAUCCAAACUUAUCUCUAAAUAUAGCGACAAAAAUAAACGUUCUUUCUCUUUUUAACGAAAAGAAGGAUCAUUGGAAUUGUUGGAACAGCUAAGAUACUUGAUUCGGUAUAAUUUCGAUCUAUGGUUGGUUUAUUUUCACCACUUUGAAUCUUAUUUAUCCUAUUUUCCGUUAGUCUAUAGAAUACUUGUCAUUAGUCAGUAAGUUAGUACUUUCAUAAUAAUUAAUGCCUGUUUUACAACUUCUGAGUAAAUUGAAAUAAAACUAGUUUUUGCAUUUUAUUGACAAUUAUUACUUUUAUUUUUCUGAAUAAAUGCCACUCGUCACAUAAAUGUAUAAGCCGACCAAAUACAAAAGUCGGACUCUAAUCUAUGCUCCCAAACAAAUGGUAUAAAAGCAACUAUCUACAUAAGCUAUUUAUAUAACGAUAACUGUCAGAUGAAAUAUACUAGAUACUUGUAAAACAGGCCCUAAAUAGAAUACUUGUCAUUCGUCAAUAAGAUAGUACUUUAGUAUAAUUAUUUUUUUAUGGUAUGUCAUACAUAAUAUAAAUACAUAAUAUUGUAUCAAAAUUUAUUAAUGUGUAAUCUUUAAAAGACAACGUUUCGUAAAAUAAUACUUUGGAGGUGUACUCAAGAUUAAAGAAUUUAAUUCAUUCAAGCUUAAACAUCUUCCAUUUAGACGCAAAUUGUACCUAAGUAGCUAUUAAUAUUAUGUAAAUACGUCUAUAGAAUUUUGUAAUUGUACAAUUGUUAUCAAAGAUAUAUUCUGUAAAUAUUUUAUUCAGCAAUAAAUUUUAUAUGAAGUAAA